AUGUCAAUUCCCACUCUUGAUGCCUCUGCGCUCUCAGGAGGAACUGCUGAGCAGCGUGCUGAGUUCGCUGCGAAGCUCCUCGAUAGUUUGAACACAUUUGGCUUUGCGAAGCUCGUGAACCAUACUGUUCCUGUUCCACUUGUCCAAGAAACCUUUGAUCAGAUCAAACGCUUCUUCAAGCUCCCUUUCAAUGUCAAGGUUCCGCUGAGAAACGACCCCAAAAAAGGUCAGCAGCGUGGAUGGAGUGUCCCAGGAGAAGAAAAGACAUGGUGGCUUGAAAGCAACACCGGUGAUGUGAAAGAGCCCAACUUCGGUGACAACAAGGAGAGUUUUGACUGUGGACACCCCGACGACCAAAAAUUCCCCAACAAAUGGCCCUCGGAGUCCGAUCUACCAGGGUACCAGAAGACGAUGGACGAGUUUUUCUUCUCUUGCGGAGAUCUCACGCUAGUCCUUCUGGAGUCUAUGGCCACCGCGCUAAACCUAGACCCGAAGGUCUUCACGUCCCGAUGCACCAAUGAGGCUAGCACAAUUCGCAUCAACCACUUCCCUCCUAUUGAGCGGGCAACUCUAGACGAGGGCAAAAUCAGUCGCAUCUGGCCACACAAGGACUUUGGUAUCAUCUCGCUUGUGUUUCCGGAUGUAACUCCCGGUCUGGAGUAUGAGGACCGGAGCAAUCCCGGAACUUUCAUUCCCAUGCCAUAUGGAUCUGAUGAGGAAGUUGUUGUUAUUGUCUCCGAGACUAUGCAGCGAUGGACCAAUAAUCAGAUCCCUGGCGGUCUCCACCGUGUGACCCGGCCCCGCGACUGUGAGGGGGAGACUGUCCCAGAGCGGUGGAGUCUUGUCUACUUCAACAAAGCGGACCGCGAUGUGAAUGUCGGCCCUCUUGACGAGUUCCUCGGAGAUAAGAAGCCCGUAUACGAGGAUUUGACGGCUCUGGAGUACCAAACCCUGAGAAACGCUGCUCAUUACCCUGGUUAG